GCGCUCCAUUUAAGGUGCACUUCUUUUUUGUUUCAGAUUACGCAAAUUUUAUUCUGUGUUGGUAGAGGCUAUAAUUUAUUUGGGUUCUUGACGUAUGUCAUUAUCACCUAAAACUUGUUGAAAGUGAUUAUUGUUUUCGGUUAUCUCUCAGGAAUUAUUUAAACUCUGUGAAUUUCAGCCAUCAUGAAUUCCAGGAGAGGGUUGAACGUUCACGAAAUUAUAUCGGCAUUAGAAGAUGAUCAUAAUAUACUGUCUGCAGAUAUAUUUAUCACACCACCUGAAAACAAUGACUUCAGCGAUGAAGACAGCGGAAGCGAAGAAGCGGGAGAAAUAGGUAAUCUUACGCGUCGGCAACUACUAGCAGAAGCUGAGGUGCGAUGCCAGCUACCAUCAGCAGAUGGGGUCCUGGAAACCGUAGAUGGAAUUCCAUUUAUAAAUCAGGAUGAACAGGAACAACAGCCGUCCGCGUCUCAGUCAAAUGAACCACCUGCAAAAAAAUCUAAGACUAUUGUCACGAGGAAGUGGAGACAAAAAGAUAUAGCUGCAACCCCUGAAAGGGAGUCGAUGCAACCUGAUUUCGUUUUAGAUAAGGAUAAUCCAUUAGAUUUUUUUGAGAUGUUUUUUGACGAAGAAGUUUUCGAGCUCCUGCGGUCUAGCACGGAACAAAAUGCAAUUGCAAAAGGACAUGUCAAUUUUCGAGUCACUGUUGAAGAAAUUAAAAACUUUAUCGGUAUUUUGCUUUUGUCAGGCUACAAUAGCGCUUCACGCUAUAGAUUAUACUGGGAUCAAAGUAUUGACACUCAUCAUCCAGGAGUUGCAUCAUGCAUGACUCGUAAUCGUUUUGAAGAGCUUUUACGUUUUUUUCAUGCAUGCGAUAACAACCGCCUACCUUCUGACGAUAAGUUUGCAAAAGUAAGGCCACUGUGGAAUCUUAUGAAUGAGAGAUGGCUAAAGUUUUAUCCCGGAGACAAACAUUUGUCUAUCGAUGAGUCUAUGGUACCUUAUUUUGGAAAACAUGGCGCAAAACAACAUAUUCACGGUAAACCAAUACGUUUUGGCUAUAAGAUUUGGUCACUGUGUACACGAUUGGGUUAUCUUAUUUAUGGAGAACCUUACCAAGGAGCUAAAACUGGUAACACCAAUCCAAAUCUAGGCGUUGGAGGCUCUGUAGUGACAAAUUUGAUUUCGAAACUGCCAAGUGAUAACCACUACAGUUUCUAUAUUGAUAAUUUUUUCACUUCUUUACGUUUACUAGACGAAGUAAGUCAGAUGGGUCAUGUUAUCACUGGUACAUUACGUGCUAAUAGAACAGAAGGUGCCCCGCUAAAAGACAUCAAGGAGAUGAAAAAGACAUCACGGGGUUCGCACCACCAAAUUACGGAUUUAUCAUCCAACAUAACUUUAGUGCGCUACAACGACAACAACAUCGUAACUAUUGCCUCAACGGAAAGCGGUGUUCAUCCGAUUGGUAAG